AUGGCUCAAAUAAGAAGAAAGACAGUAGACCAAAGGCAAACUAAAGCGCAAGCUCACUUUCAAGCCAUGUUCAAUCGGGUGAAAGCUAUGAAACAAGUAUGCGGGAGUUUAAAACUAGAAUUGGCAGCUCGUAUAUGGCUAUUAAAAAUCAAGUAUCCGAAAAUCUUAUUAUUCUUGAAAUGUCUUUUUUGGGGUCUUAUUAUGGUUCGAGCUGGAUUGAUCAUUUAUGAUAAUAUCUCUGCUCUAUUUGCAUCAUUGCCUACUUGUCAUAUGAUGGCUGGAGCUGGAUCUUCCGUCGGAAGUGGAGAUUCGGGCAUCAACUCCGGAUGGACAUCCCUCCUAGGAAGUGGGAAUGGGAACAGCUCUAGCGGCAGUUCCGAGGACAUUCUCGAUCAGCCACCCCAGCAUCAAACUGGAGAACCCUCUCAUCGGUGUCCAUAUCAACCCGAUGAAGUGAUCGGAGGAGACUCCAUCGAUUCAAUACAGCAACGGCUUUUAAGCCGUUAUCGAUCGCCUUCGGCGGACGUCAUAGAAAGGGCCCGAAUCGACGCCGAAGAUCUUUUUGAGGUCAAGGCGGAAAUAAUUCAAACAAUGACACCCCUUCAUCCAGAAGGGGAUUGGCUUCGACGCGGGGCUCGCGCACUAGAUAACAACCGGACUACCACGGGGGAGGAGUCCCUUGCUAAAUUAUAUGCUAUGUUAGAAGACCUAAAGGCAAAUGGUAUAAAAUCGAUAUCAUUUCAUAAUUUGAAGAGUAAAGUCUUCUUAAGAAUCGAUGAUAUCGAUUCAAAUUCCGAAAUUCACUAA